CCAAAGAAAAUAGACGACCAACAAAUAUGAGCCAACCACAGCCUCAGAGGCCCGCCGGGGAUUACCAGGAUCCGAUCAAAUACGGCGACAUUUUCGACGUCUCCGGUGACUUGGCCUCCAAGCCCAUUGCCCCUCGUGAUGCUGCCACCAUGCAGGCCGCCGAGAAUAUGGUCCUCGGCCAGACUCCUCGCGGCGGCCCUGCUGCUGUUAUGCAGUCUGCUGCGAACAUCAACGAACGCGCUGGCCUUGUCGGUCACUCCGACGUGACCGAUGUCGCUCGAGAUGAAGGUGUGACUGUGAUUGAAACCGUCGUUGAUGGUCAGCGAUUCGUCGUUGAGUCGGUCGGUGGACAGGUGGUGGGACAAUUUGUCCAACCAGACGUUCCAAUGAGAUCUCGUGGAGCAACACUCGACAACGAUUCAAUCACCAUCGGGGAAGCUUUAGAAGCAAGUGCAGUCAGUGUGGGAGACAAGCCGGUCGACCAAAGUGAUGCCGCUGCAAUCCAAGCAGCCGAGGUUAGGGCCACCGGAAAGAACGAGAUAAUCCCCGGUGGCAUAGGGGCCGAGGCUCAGUCGGCUGCCACCCUCAACACUCAGGCCAUGCGGGACGAGAAUAAGACCACGCUUGGCGACAUUCUAACUGACGCAACGCAAAAGUUGUCGGGGGAUAAGGCGGUGACAAGGGAAGAUGCAGAAAGGGUAAUAAGUGCGGAGAUAAGGAACGACCCGGCAAUGGCGACCACGCCGGGAGGUGUGGCGGCGUCGGUGGCGGCUGCUGCAAGGCUUAACCAACAGGGAUAGCUGGAUGUUGUGUGUGUAUGAUAUCUAUAUAUCCAUAUGGUAGUAUGUUUUUGUUUUGCUUCAUUUUAUUAUGCAUUUCAUGAAGUUUUCAAGUGGUUCCUUCAGUUUGUAAUGAGUUAGGUGCUUCUGCCUUGUAGUCUCUUCUUUUUGUUUUAGAGUUGUUGUAUAAUCAUAUAGUAGUUUGUAUGUGUGUGGGCUUAGAUUUAUCCAAUGGGCUAAUUUAGUGGAGAUUCAUACUUGAUGACAUUUGGGUCCAUCUAUUUUGAUGCCUGCCUAAUGCAUUUAGGACUUUCUACAUA